UAAUUUAAUUUGUUUGGAUUUUUGUGAACAAGACAAUUAUGAUCACUUUGAUUGGAACAGGUGAUCUGUUGCCAUGGCGACUGAUGAUAGACCAAUAACUAUCAGCAAUGCAUCAUGAAGAGAGAGAGCAGCAGAGCUGCGUUAAGGAAGAGGGCGGUCUCUCUUUACUCUGAGUCUCCAGUCAGACACGAAAAACGUCAAAUGAAGGAGAGAAACCAUGAAGGAAACACAGCAGAGUCUGCUGCUCUGUCUGAGUUUCCUGUUGGGCUGCAGAAUAAACCGAGUCCUCCCAGUUCAUCUGACUGUGAGUCCCAGCAGAUCUCAGUUCUUUAGAGGAGAAUCAGUGACUCUGAUCUGUGAGGAAGAAAACAGAUCAGAUGGAUGGACUGUGAGGAGAAACACGACCUUAGAGACCAGGACUGAGUGUGAUAAAGAUGGAUGGUGGAGAAAAAAUGGAUCUACCUGUAAAACCAGCAGCAUCAGAGAACAUGAUACUGGUCUGUACUGGUGUGAGUCCAUGUCUGGAUCCUCCAGCAGCAGCAGCAGCAUCCAGCUCUCUGUCUCUGGUGGAUCAGUGAUCCUGCAGAGUCCUGUCCUCCCUGUGAUGGAGGGAGAUGACGUCACUCUGAGCUGCAGAGCAAAGAAUCCAACCCACAACCUCCCAGCUGCUUUCUAUAAAGAUGGCUCCUUCAUUGGUGAUGGACCAUCAGGUCACAUGACCCUCCUCCAUGUUUCCAGCUCUGAUGAAGGCCUCUAUAAAUGUAACAUCAGCCAUCAUGGAGAGUCUCCAUCCAGCAGGAUCUCUGUCAAAGAAAAACCAACAACCACUUCUUGUCCUCCACCUACUCCAUCACCUCCAUCAUCAUCAUCACCUUCCUCCCAGUCUGAUCUCUACAUUUCUCUAUCAUGUGUGAUUGUUGUGAUUUUCCUGCUGGUACUGGUGUUACUGGUUCUACUGGUGAAGAGACGUCGUCACAAAACAAAAGCUGAUAAAGGAGACGACGUCACAUACAGCGACGUCCAGAUAACUCAGCUUCAUCAGCAGAGAGCCAAAGAGAGUCCUUCAUCUGCCAUCUACUCAGACGUGAGAGCAGACGGGAUCAGUUAUGGAGAAAUCAACAUCAGAACCAACAGAACCAGAGAAGUUCGACCAGAUCCAGACAUCAUCUACUCUUCACUGAGGUCACACAGGAUCUAAGAUGGUCAUUGUAGUGUCAGAAGGCCUGGUCUCACCUUUGACCUCUCUGCUCCGUUAGGAACAGUCAGUGGUCCGGCAUGCACCCUAUCAGAACCGAGUGAGUCUCCUGGACUGGCAGAUGAAGGAUGGAGACACGUCUUUGGUUCUGGGCAACAUGAAGACUGAGGACAGCGGGACGUACGAGUGUCGAGUUCAAACUCAUCAACAUCGUCAACCUGCAGGUUUCUACUGCGCCUCCUCCAGGGACCCAGGAUGGAAGCAGGAAUGAUGGAUCCGUCAGACGUCUCCCUGCAGCCGGACUCGUUGUUCUGAUUCUGUUGUUUGCUCUCUGGGUCCAAUCGGACUGAACUGAGUUUUCAUUACAACGGAACCUGCAGAUAAACAUGAAGUUACUUUUACUGUUUUACUGUGAACAUAAAUAUGGAAACCAGAUCAGCUAACAGAUCCCAAACCGUCCAGAGCUCCACUCAGACCAGAGGUCAAAGGUCAAACGGAGUCAGUCUCAGUGUUUCUCUGCAGAAUGAAGAUCAGAAUAUUUAUAUUUAUGAUAUUUAUAAUAUUUAUGAUAUUUAUAAUAUUUAUAAUGUUUAUAAUAUUUAUGAUAUUAAUAAUAUUUAUGAUAUUUAUAAUAUCUAUAAUAUUUAUGAUAUUUAUAUUAUUUAUGAUCAAACUGCUGCUCUGAUGAAGCAGUUUGUCUCUGGUUGGUCGGAGGCUGAAGGCUGAUGAAUCGCUGGCCCAGUUGGAUGAAGCUGGUUUCCAGCCAGCAUGUGUUUGUGGGGCCCAUCGGGGUUCGGUCAGGCUGGACGGGUCCAGUAUGGACAGGGCUCAUAUGGGACCAGGUGGGUCAACAGAACAGAACAAACCCAACAGCUGGGUCCAGUUUGUUGAUAAAAGCAGCAACACAUGGAGAACCCACAUGGGUCCCUUUUCCCCCAAAGUCAUCCUGGAUCAAACAUGAGCUGCCACCUUAUGACCCAGUAUGGGUCCCGUAUGGGCCCCAUCAUCCAGAAUGUCUCUGACCCAGAUGGGUCCCACAUGUUAAUGCUGCCUGUCACUGAUGGGGCCCACCAAAAUGAAGGUUUCUGUGUUUUUAUUGUCCUGAAAACAUUUUAUUUGUCAGAUUUUUAUCUUUUGGUUUCUGCAGAUAAAUGUGAAGAAUUUGUUCCCAAAUCAAACUGUUUCAUUUCUCUUCUGUUUUUACCUUCAGAGGAAAAAUCUGUUGAAUUUGAAUAAAAUCAGAGUGAAAGAAUC